AAAUGGUUUAUUCAAUAGGUUAAGCCAAAAGAUCAGAUCCUGUAUUAAAUACAUUCGCACCUGCUCCAAAUGCUUAUCUUCCAAAAUUGGUUUCAAAAUAAUAAGCUCCAUAGUGGACGUAAGUCAAACUUAUUAAAGUAGUAUUGGUGGUGCAGCUUAAAGAGCAGGUCGAUCAACAUCAAUAGGACCAGGACCAGGAUAAUAUGGAUAUUAAUCUAAAAUGAUAGAAGGACCUAAAUAUACAAUGAGUGGAAAACAUGAUUUGAAAUAACUAUCCUUAUCUCCAGGUCCUGGAAAUUAUGAUGAUGAAAGUUUCACUUCUGUUUAUAAAAAACAACCUAUGUAUACUUUGGGUUUAAAACAUCAUACAUCUUAAAAGGAUAUUAUACCUGGUCCUGGAUAAUAUGAUUUGAACAGUUCCUAUAUAUCUAACAAUUCAAUUAAAUUUCCAACAUAACCAAGAUUAACAUCAUUAGAAGGUGGAAUGACACCAGGACCUGGAUGUAAAUGUAAUUAACUUAUAAAGAAUACAAUAUUGAUAAGGCAGCAAAGUUAUUAUUAGAAAAGUCUUAACCUUCAUGGGUUAUAGGAACAUCUUAAAGAUCUCCAGAUUUAAGAAAAUAAGAAACAUAACCAGGACCUGGAGCAUAUCAUUUAAAGAGUCUUCUCAAUCUAUCCAAAAAUUUUACUAUCAAACAAAAAUUUAUUACAAAAGAUUACAGUUCUAAUCAACCUGGUCCUGGAGCAUAUGAUUAAGAUGUUUCAUCAAUUAAAUCUAAUUAUCCAUCUUAUAAAAUAGGUUCAGAAUUAAGAAAUACAUAGAAUUAAUUGAGUAAAUUAUUACCUGGGCCUGGAUAAUAUUAUAGAGAGUAAAUUUUAUUUAUUAAAUAAUUAUUAGAAGAUAAGAUAGUCUAAGUUCAUUAUAAAAAUCAGCUCCAUCAUUUAAGAUGCCUUAAGCAUUAAGGAAAGAUCUGAAUGAUUCAAUAACAAUUACUCCUGGCCCUGGAUAAUAUUCUUUACCAAAAGGUUAGAAUGCAUAAAUGGUUUCAAUUAAAGGAUCAAAAUACAAUCCAAAUACUUCAGCUUACAUACCAGGACCAGGAUAGUAUAACCCAGAUGAUUCAGUGAUUAAACAUAAAGAAGGUUCAGUGAAGAUUGUUCCAGAACAUAGAACUAAAUAAUUGUUAACACAAUAUUUUCCUGGACCUGGAUAAUAUUCGAUUAAAUCAUCUCUCGAAGGUCCUUAAUGGGGAUUCUCAAAAGACAUUCGUUAAGGCUUAAUCAAAAAGGACAUCAUUCCUGGUCCAGGUGCUUAUAAUAUUCCUCCAAAAUUUAAUGAUGUUCCAAAGUAUCUAUUGCCUAAACAAUUUUGA